CACAUGGUACUAGGAAUCCCCAGGACAGGAAGAAGAACUGAGCUGCUGCAUGGAGAGUGCCCUGGAACAAGGAUUGAUUUUUUGUAUAAGCGCACCUAUGCAGGACGUGUAGAGGAUGAGACUGGCUUAGCGCUCUCAUGGAGGGAGCAGAGGGAAGCGACUCCUGUGAUGGGAUCCAGGUUUUACUCAGCCGCGAAGUAAUCGACGCAGCUCCCCAGUGCCCUCAUGGUCCCACCCUGCUGUUUGUGAAGGUCUCUCAAGGCAAGGAACAGGGACGAAGAUUUUAUGCGUGUUCAGCCUGCCGAGACAGGAAGGACUGUCACUUCUUUCAGUGGGAAGAUGAUAAGGUUUCACAGGCUAGACUUGCGGCUAGAGAAGAAUACAACAAAAGCCACCAACCCCCUAUGACGCAUGCUCAGUACGUUGGAAGGUUUCAGGAAUUCACUGAGUUACCACUGGCAAAAAGAAAGUUUUGUAGUGACUGCCAACAACUUCUCCUGCCGACAAAUUGGGAGAGCCAUUCAGGGCAUCGUGUGCUUGGUGACAUCUCUCUGUCUCAGCUCAAGAGACCCAGCCAGUUGUUACAUCCCUUGGAGAACAAGAAGGCCAAUGCCCAAUACCUGUUUGCUGAGAGAAGCUGUACAUUCCUCAUGGAUACUAUUAUUGCUUUAGGAUUCAGACGGGUGCUGUGUGUUGGCACUCCCAGGCUACAUGAGCUCAUCAAACUGCGAGCAUGCGAGGGGGCCACACCACCAAUAAAGAGCCUUUUGCUCGACAUUGACUUUAGGUAUUCUCAGUUUUACUGGGAGGAGGAGUUCUGCCAUUACAAUAUGUUCAACCAUCAUUUCUUUGGUGGUGAGGCAGCAAAGAUGGUUUGUCAGAAGUUCCUUCAGGAAGAAGAUGGUAAAGGUGCCCUCUUAGUGACUGACCCUCCAUUCGGUGGACUAGUGGAACCUUUGGCUUUUAGCUUCAAAAGAUUAAGGGAGAUGUGGAAAACAACUAAUCCAGAAAAUGAGAGCAAUUUACCCAUAUUGUGGAUGUUUCCAUACUUUUUUGAAUCCCGUAUCCUUCAGUGUUUCCCAGACUUCACUAUGCUGGAUUAUCAGGUGGAUUAUGAUAACCAUGCCCUAUACAAGCAUGGGAAAACUGGAAGGAAACAGUCGCCCGUUCGCAUUUUCACGGAUCUUCCCCCAGACAAAAUUGUCCUCCCAGCAAUUGAAGGAUAUAGGUUCUGCUCCGUGUGCGAGAGAUUUGUGUGUUCAGGGAACAAGCACUGCAAUAUCUGCAAUUGCUGCACGUCUAAGGAUGGCAGGCCAUGGAAGCACUGUACCCAAUGCAACAAGUGUGUGAAGCCAUCUUGGACUCACUGCAGUGCCUGUAACCACUGUGCUCUGCCCGACCACCCAUGUGGCACUGCUGGGCGCGGCUGCUUUCUGUGCGGAGGAAAGGAUCACAAACGCAGGGGCUGCCCUCACCAGUCUGUCUCUGCACAUGGCAAAAGGAUGGAAAAUCUCAAGCAAAAGAAUAUUAAGGGAAGUAUGAAAAAGCAACCCAUUGCAGCAACCAGUAAGAAGAGAAAGAGAAAAAGGAACAAUCCCUGAUAACUACUCUGCCAGUAUUUAACAUGAGAGGGUCAUUGAUGGACAGGCAACUGCCACACACACAUGGAUCUUUCCUGCAAAGCAACAGUGACUCCGAGCUCUGGACUGAUACCGCCCCAUCCUGCUCGGCUAAGUACACUAAUUAAGAUUGCAAAUUGUAGGUGUACAAACACAAUCUUCGUUUGCCCAAUCCAAUGUCUUUGGGGCCGCGAGGCUAAUUAACGUAGGCAAGAUGGUUAUAGUAUCGCUAUGUUGCAGGGUGCAAUGUAUGAUAUUCUACAUUAUUUAUUUGCAUACAGAUUUGCCAAUAAACUUAUUUUACUACA